UCACAGGGCACACGAUGUUUAUACCAGCCCCCACCACCGUACAAGGCGACUGUUUUGACCAUCAUGGUGUGGGAGGUGGUGAAUGAGCCCACACAUCAGAGCGGUGGACACACAGCAGUGGUGAUGGAUACAGGUGGAGAACAGUUACCUGAGCUGCUCUGCUGUGAGGAACGCCUCCCCUGUUCCCCCGGCUUCCCCACCAGCGACAGCUACAUGGAGUACGACGACCUGCCGGACCUGCAGGAGGUUCAGGAGGAGGCGGAGCCAGCAGUCUACCAGGUGGACGUGGGUGUGUCCCACCAGCAGCGACAUGCACACACACACCCUCCUGACACACACUGGCUGACACAGCUGGCCCACAUCGCCACCGGGCCUCAGAGCCCCCUGCUGCAGGAGCCGGCCACCAGCAGCUCCAGCCUCUCCAGCACCAGCAGUAAUCUACAUUCCUACGCUCGGCCUCCCCCCUCUCUCCCCAGCAGCACCCCGUCGCCCCCCAGAGGUCGUGGCAGGGAGCGCCUCCGCACCAGGAGGGAACCAGCUGUGUCCUCCAGAUCCUCUCCGUCUGACGAGGAAGACGUUGGCUGGAGCUUCUCCUGCCCCCCCACCACCUGGCACUGCUUCCUCAAAGGGACUCGUCUGCGUUUCCACAGUGGCUCAAACGUGGACUGGCAGGACGUGGAGGACCUGGACUGUGCUGAGGAAGACUCUGGUGACGAGGAAGGAUCCAGGUCUCUGAAGGGUUAUGGCCCCGAGGGUCUGCAGCUGGUGGAGCAUUCAGAGACUGUGUUGUCCGGUCAGGCUGUGCUACAGCUGACCUUUGACCCCGGGGCGCUCGGACAAGCUGUCAUGAGCGCCCGCUGCCAACUUGACCACCCCUUCUACGUCAGAAACAAAGGGUGGUCGUCAUUUCACCCGAGCCUGACCGUGGUGCACUAUGGGAUACCGUGCUAUGAAAUGGAGGUGGGUGAUGUGUGCCUUCCUCCAGGACACAAAGAAGCCAAACACACCGACGACUCGCUGGUUUUUGACACAUUUAAGAGUUACGACUUCACUCCUCUGGACUCCUCUGCCGUCUACGUGCUGAGCAGCAUGGCCAGGCGGCGGCGUGCCUCCCAGUCCAGCGGCUCUCCAGACAGAGACACAUUACGAGACGCCCACAGUCCCGGUCCCUCCCCCUCUCCAUGUCUCAAGCCAACCAAAAUCCAGCAAGCCAGCGCAGCAGGAAGUAAUAAUGCCCCGCCCACUAAGUGCAAGCGGCCAAUGAACGCCUUCAUGCUGUUCGCCAAGAGGUUCAGGGUGGAGUACACACAGAUGUACCCCGGCAAGGACAACAGGGCGAUCAGCGUCCUCCUUGGGGAGCAGUGGAAGAAACUGCGAAGUGAGGAGAAACGGACGUUCACCGUGCAGGCCAAAGCCCUCGCUGACGAGCAGAAGAGACUCAACCCAGACUGCUGGAAACGCAAACGAACCAACUCUGGUUGUCAGUGAAAUGAAGGCUGCAGAGAAGAAGAGAGAAAACCUGUAGCAGCGCACACACACACACACACACACACACACACAUACACACACACAGCUUCAAUAUCAUAUCAUAUUAAGUGUUUCUAAAUUCUCAAACUUUAAAAAAACAUUUUCAGUUUCAUUGGUUUUAACUAUUUUAAAUCGUCGUCUGUUUAUUAGAACAAGUUAUACAACAUUAAAUAAAAUAUGAUAUUUUAAUGCUAGAGCAUGCAGUCGAUUUUUCUAUCCCAAAAUUACGAAGCAGGUUAACCGGUGUUUAUUUAUGACUGGUGUUCAUCUCCAGGGUUUCACGAUGUGUAAAUGUGACAAUUCCUUUAAAAAGAAAAAGAGAGAUUCUGGUCGUUUUCAGUCUCUCAUCAUGUGCUUGAAAUAGGGGGAAGGGUGUGGUGCUGAAGCUUUUGGGGUAAAGUAGAACAUGUAGCCAUUUCCACUUAAAUAUGUUAUAUAUAUAUAAUGAAAAAUAAAAAGUGUUUUAUUGCCUGUAUUACUUGCAUUUGCACGCCGUGUAUUGCACAAGACUGCAUAUUAUUAUUGACUGUGUAAUUUAUCAGGAAAUAUUUAGUUAUUAAACAAAUGUACGCCACAAAUUAACCUCACCUUUAAGAAAAAAUCCGGUCUUUUUUUAGGAAGGCCUUGCUUCGUUCACCACCUUAACUUACCUUUCAUUUGUAAAACUUUAAAAAGGAAUAAGUAAGUGUUACGUUUUCCUUAAAAGUCGCUCGAGAAAGACAAAACGUGAUUUAAACUAAGCCUACAGCAUAAAGUGUUAAGUCAUUAUGUGCCUCUUUUGUACUUGAACCUGUCAUAUCCACACAUUGUGUGAAGGGGAAGUGCUUGACCAUUUUAAGGAAAUAUAUUAAAAGAGAAUAAAUAUUCCCAGUGUUGUCCUUAUAUUGUUACCGCAUAACGAGGUUCAUUCUUAACGCACUAUAUACACUUUAUCGUAUGUGACUGCUACAGUAUAUUGUGUCAUACAAAUGUAAAGAUAAUUACAUGAUAAUAUAUAUUUUUGGUUUUGACUUCAUUUGUUGUAUUGAUUAUUGAACUCGAUCAGGGGGGGUCAUACAAUGUUUCAUAAUAUAAAUAAAUAAAAGCAUGAUGAAUCCGUC